AUGAAGGUGACGCGUUUUCUGCGAGUAGUCGUGCAGUCAAAUGCCCUUUCAAGAACAGAGGUAGGGAAUCGAAUAACUCAAGGAUUCUUCCAACUGCACCCUGCAUUUGAACUCAACUAUGAGUUAGGUUCAAGAGAAUUUACACUUUAUGCAGAUAGUGUUAACGAUGCGUCCGUUUUGGUUCAUUGCGUAGUCGGUAGUUGUCCGUUGCGAUCUUUGGAAGGAGGUUGUAAAAAAGAUACUGCCAAGAUAAAAUUGUUUCCCAAAACGAGGUUUCAGAAUCACUCACGAAAUAUUCCACCUGUGGAAUUUUCUGCGUUUGUGAAUGUGACUGGUUCGGGAAUUACAGUUGAAGCUUCUUGUAGUUCUAUGCUUGGUUUGAUGCUUGUCGAUGGGGUGAGGCUUCAUGAUGGUCCUAUUACCGAGUCCUUGGUGCCUCGAGAAGGACGCUCUGUUGGUGAAAUGCUGUACCAAGGACCAUGGUUAAAUCAAAGGGCUUUAUCCGAGUCCUUCAUUGCCGUGCGAAGUAAUGUUAGCCCAUUAGACCCCUGGAGGCAGGAACAGGCAUUUUUUUUGACAGACGUGUGCGACCCUGGGCCUCGCGCUUCUUGCGGUUUGGUCAUUAUCCUGUUCAUACCGUAA